CCACCUCUCAUUCUAUCUUUGCUCUUUCUAUUUCUCUAAAUCUAUAGAGUGUGUUUGUUUUAUUAGUUAAAAAUGAAAAUGGGUGUUGUGAGUGUGGCCUGCAUUGUCUACAUUAUCUCUCUCUUGUCACUGGUUGAAGCUAGAAUCCCAGGAGUUUACACUGGAGGAUCAUGGCAAAAUGCACAUGCUACCUUCUAUGGAGGCAGUGAUGCCUCUGGCACCAUGGGUGGGGCAUGUGGGUAUGGCAACUUGUACAGCCAAGGCUACGGAGUGAACACCGCAGCACUAAGCACAGCACUCUUCAACAAUGGGUAUAGCUGCGGCGCAUGCUUUGAGAUCAAGUGUGCCAACGACCGGGAAUGGUGCCACUCCGGCAGUCCCUCGAUUUUCAUCACGGCCACCAACUUUUGCCCACCAAACUACGCGCUUCCCAACGACGAUGGUGGCUGGUGCAACCCUCCUCGCGCACACUUCGACCUGGCCAUGCCCAUGUUCCUCAAGAUCGCCGAGUACCGUGCCGGAAUCGUCCCCGUCGCUUACCGCCGGGUGCCAUGCAGGAAGCAUGGUGGGAUCAGAUUCACAGUCAACGGUUUCCGUUACUUCAACCUGGUUCUGAUCAGCAACGUCGCGGGAGCAGGGGAUAUCGUGAACGUGUGGAUCAAGGGCUCCAAGACCGGUUGGAUGAGCAUGAGCCGUAAUUGGGGUCAAAACUGGCAGUCAAACGCCGUUCUGGUGGGACAGUCUCUGUCCUUCCGGGUCAGGGCCAGUGACAGACGGAGCUCCACUUCCUGGAACAUUGCCCCGGCCCACUGGCAAUUCGGUCAAACCUUCACGGGAAAGAACUUCAGGGUCUGAAGAAUACAUGUCAGAAACUGGAACUACAACAGCAACUGAAUUUCAAAUCUCCCGCGUUAAUUUAAUUUCCUUUUUUACCCAUUUUGGCGCCAUUUUGGUUCUUUUUUGACUCUUGGGUUAUUGGGGAUUGUGAAAGUUGGAAAUUUGUUUGGGUGUGUUAGGAGAAAGAAGAGAGGAGUGACCACUUUUUUGACUUUUCGCAACUUGGGGGGUGUGUGAGUUGUGGCUCAGUGACUCACUGAGUGGAGUGGGGAUUGUAAGAAAGUAAGUGGUAUUAAGAGACAGUAUAAGGGAGUGUAGGUAGUGCUGAGGCGGCUGCAGAAAGUAUGUGGCCCGCAGCUAUAAAUUAUAUAUAGUAUGAUUGUAUUUAUGUGUUUGGACUAAUCUACAGUUUUUAAAUUGGGAAAGUUUUA